GAAGAAACCCUAUUUUUUUUUUUGUGCUUCUCUGUUAUCUUUCAAGAGUAGAAGCCGUGACUGCAUAACUGAUUAUUUGAGCUUUGGUUUUGUUAUUUCUUUCCUUCAUGUAGAUUUCGAUCUUGGUUUUGCAACGCAAAGAAGACUAAACGUUGUCCAGACCUACAACAAUUAAAUAAAUUUCUAAGCAUUGGAGGCAGAGAAUACUGUUUUGUUCAAGGUUACUGGAAUUGCUUUACAUCCCCUAAAAAUGUCAUCAUUAAGGAACGCCAUCAGUAGACGGGCUCACAAGGAACGAGCUCAACCGUCAUCGAGGAAAAAAUUCGGGCUUCUUGAGAAACACAAGGAUUAUGUCGUCCGUGCAAAAGCAUUCCACAAGAAGGAAGAGACCUUACGGAAACUCAAGGAGAAAGCUGCAUUCAGAAACCCGGAUGAAUUCUACUUUCAGAUGAUAAAAACAAGAACUGUGGACGGAGUUCAUAAACCAGAGAAUCAAGCUAACAAAUACACUCAAGAAGAACUCAUGCUAAUGAAGACCCAAGACAUAGGGUAUAUAUUGCAGAAGUUGCAAAGUGAAAGAAAGAAAGUUGAGAAGCUAACUGCUGUGUUGCAUUCCGUUGAUAAUCAUCCAUCUAACAGACACAUUUAUUAUGCUGAGGACAGGGAAGAAGCUAGAGAAUUACAAUUACAUGCUUCUGAAACCAGUGCUACUCCCCUUUCUAGUGAUGUCCCUGAUCAUAUUAAAAGGUUAGUUAAUUGACUUUUACUUGGGGUUUGAUAAAUAA